UGAUCGCUAAUGACCACCGGGGAGCGCUGCUGGACAAGGAGAGCGAGAACGCAUCCCUCCGGGAGAAGCUACGGCUCAAGGAGGCAGAGAUUGCGCGCAUCCGGGACGAGGAAGCCCAGAGGGCAAGCUUCCUUCAAAAUGCCAUCCUGACGUAUGUGCAGGGGUCCUCUCUGAGGUCCCUGAGCCCUCCAAAGUGAGGGGAGGCAAGGAUGCCCCAGAACAUCCUAGCGCCGCGCCUAAGGAGGCGCUCUUUCAUCCACAUCCCACAGCAGUGCAGCGCAAGAGGUCUGACCGCGAGCUCAGCAGCCGCGCCGCCAAAGUGAGGCGGGAAAUACAGAACUUUUUUCUUAAAUACGAAACUUUUGCACUUGGUGAUACGUUUGGUCCCAGCGCCGUUAUCCAUCAGCCAGGGUCUCCGUCCUAAGCGAGGGCCCUACCGAUGUGGGGAUGAGUCGCUCCACUGCUACGAGUAGCUGGGAGUGCCGGGACUCUGCCUGGCUCGGAACGGUGCCGCAAACACCAGCGCGUUGGCCCACGGCAGUGUGGGCGGCGCCUCGAAGCAGCACCGCACGCACGCACGCACGCCCGCCCAGGUCUGUAGCGUUGCCGGCCUGCACCGCCCCUGCGCCGUGGGGAAGACAUGCCUACUGAUCAGCUACACGACCAACGCCUUCCCCGGAGAAUACAUCCCCACUGUUUUUGACAACUAUUCGGCCAAUGUGAUGGUGGACGGGAAGCCAGUCAACCUGGGGCUGUGGGACACCGCUGGGCAGGAGGACUAUGACCGGCUGCGGCCACUCUCCUAUCCCCAAACUGACGUCUUUCUGAUCUGUUUCUCCUUGGUGAGCCCGGCUUCCUUUGAGAAUGUUCGUGCCAAGUGGUACCCAGAGGUGCGGCACCACUGCCCCCAUACGCCAAUCCUGUUAGUGGGCACCAAGCUCGAUCUUCGUGAUGACAAGGACACCAUCGAGCGGCUUCGGGACAAGAAGCUGGCACCCAUCACCUACCCACAGGGCCUGGCCAUGGCCCGAGAGAUUGGCUCUGUCAAAUACCUGGAGUGCUCAGCUCUGACCCAGCGGGGCCUGAAGACGGUGUUUGAUGAGGCCAUCCGGGCAGUGCUCUGCCCACCUCCUGUGAAAAAGCCAGGCAAGAAGUGCACGGUCUUCUAGAGCCCCAGCCCCUGGGCCAGCCUGGUGGAGGAGCAGCCCCUGGUCCAAAUGUGCUAUCAUGUUGAGCUGUCUGGUGUCCGAGUCUGCUGUAGAGGGUGGCGGGGGGGGGGAGGGAAAGCAUGGGGACAAGGCUGGGGUGAUGGGGUCCUGUCCCCUCUACCUCCUGUUUGUGGAGUGCAGCUUCAGCCUUCCCUGGCCCCCAUGGGAGGCCAGGAGGGAGCAGGGUCUCCCUCAGGGCUGCAGGGACAGGUCCAGGACAGCCCCAGGAUGGGCUUCCAUGAUGGGGAGGGGGGGGGGGUUCUGUCCAUUGGGUCCAAGGAAGGGGCAGCCCCUUCUUAUUUUAUACAAUAAACAUUCUUCACCAAUGUC